AUGGCUGAAAAACUCGAGGACCUGAAUCUCCCGAUGACUGUUGUGACGAGAAUAGUGAAAGAAGCACUACCAGAGGGCGUUUCAAUAUCAAAGGAGGCGCGAACCGGUCUCGCAAAAGCCGCAUCAGUUUUUGUGCUUUACGUGACUUCUGCAGCUACAAAUAUAGUCAAAAAUAAGAAAAGGAAGGCUUUGACGGGUCAGGAUGUGUUAGACGCUAUGAGGGAUAUAGAAUUCGACAGAUUUGUUGAGCCGCUCGGCGAAGCUUUAGAACAAUACAAACAGAUGGUGUCCGCGCGGAAAUCUGGUGGUGGCAAGAAGAAGGAUGAAGGAGAGGAGGUGGAAAUGAUAGAGGAUGACUGA